UUCUGAGUGUAAAGCGGUGGCUCCAGGAUGGAUUUUGGUGAAGCUCCGGCCAUUUCCGAGGAGUUGCUGAAGAAGAGUGUGGCUGAGCAAUUGGAUCAAUUGUCAACCAACAACCACCUCUGCUUCCCCGAUCCCGAGGACAUCCACUUCAACGAAAUCCAGGAAUUGUGUCUGGGUUACAAUAAGAUCGAGAUGAUUGAGAACUUGUGGGAUUUCACGUCUUUGAAAAAGCUCAAUUUGAGUUGCAACCGCAUAAGGAAGAUUCAAGGCCUGGACAUGCUGACUAAUCUGACAGAUCUUAAGCUUUCCUUCAACAACAUCAAGAACAUUGAGGGUCUGGAGAAGCUGCGGAAGCUUCAAGUGCUGGAGUUGUCCAAUAACCAAAUCUCUGUCAUCGAAAAUAUUGAUGCACUUGAAGAUCUCUCUCUGUUUCUGAUGUUAAACAACCGCAUCAGAGAUCUGGACAAUGUGCUGCAGCUCAAGAAGUUCAGAAAGCUGUUCACACUUUGCUUGUCUGGAAACCCUGUCUCUGAACAAGAGAACUACAAAGUUCUCAUUGCUGCCCACAUGCCCAACCUGAAGUACCUCGACUACAACGUCAUUGACAAAACCACAAGAGAUGAAGCAUCUAUCAUAUACCAAGAUGUUGCUCAGCGUAUGAAAGAUCUACAGCUGGCGACACAAAAAGCUGAAGAGGCUCAGAGACGCCAGGAGGCUGAACUGAAACUUCACAGAGAUGCCUUUGUGGAGUCCCUUAAUGGGCCGUACUUGUUUAUGAGUAUGUUUCAGCAUGAUCCAGAGGCAGAAACACUGCGCUGCAUUCCAGGAAUAGCUUCACUCCUCCAAACAUUCCAGCACCAAACGGUGGAGCUCUGUGUCCAGUUGUUUGAAAUGGGCCUGGCAGAGCACAAACGAAGGGAGGCAGAGGUGAAGUCUUUCCAAAGCGGCCAGGAGAAGAUUUAUGAAGAUUCCCAGAUGAAAGCCACACAGAUGAUGGACAAGUUUGAUGAUCAACACUACGAGCGGAGAGCAGAGUUUCAACGGCUAUCCGCUCCGGACGCGCUGAAGGUCAAGGCAAACCAAAGCACUGAAAUCGACCGGCUCCGCAAAGGCUUCAUGAGACUGGAGUUGAAGGUCACGCGCCAGCUGGAGGACAACAUCAAAAAGUUGGACCAGAGCCUCUCAGACAUGGUUUACCACUUCAGAAAAACCGCGCUCGGCAUAUUUGCUCAGCUUCGGGAUCUGGAGGAUAACUACUAUCAGAAAGUGAAAGAAAUUGCUGUUGCAACUGUGGAGAAAGUGGCCAAAGGGAACCUGGAGGAAGACCUGCCAAGGGAGGCUGUAAAGCUGUUUACAGAGAAAGACACGGUGAUGGAUGCACUGGCCACCGGCCACGAUAACCACCUGCUCAAGAUCAAUGACCGAGAGACUCAGUUGGUUACGGGUGUCAGUGGCUGGAAAGUGAACCUCAUUAAAGAGAAUCAAGACAAAGAACUCAAACUGAACCACCUGCGCAACUUAGACACACUGCGACUUGUUGAAUAUUUAAAGGAGCGGCUGGAGUCGUGGCAGAAACAGUAGUAUGUUCCCCAAAAAUAUUUGUUUAUGUAGUUUCACAGCCUGACUAAACAAAGAAGGCAAAUUUCACUGUGUUCAAGAAUGUUUAUGCUUUAUAAUUGUAUUUACUUGUAAUAUAUGCCAGAAAUUUGUAUUAACAUUUUAAAUGAAAAAAGUAUUCUCGUUAAAGUAAGUGUUGCAUGUAUUCUAGUCACAUGACACAGUGUAUUUAUAAAGAAAAAUGUAGUUUAUGUUAUUAUAUUUGAUGUCUGGGGUAGAAACUGGAGAUACUCUCUGUGUGGCUGUUAUAUUUGCGCAGGAGAUGCAGCAAUGAAAUAAUAAAUAAAUAAAUA